AUGUCGGGAAGCGGGAAGCUGCCUAUCCAGGACUGCGAGGCUGAGAUGCCUGAAAAGGGCUGCAUCGAUUGGGGAUUUAUGAAACUGAGUAAUGUGCACUUGACCCGCUGUGGAGGGGUUGUGAAACUGAUGGAGGCUCAGAUGUGUGAGCUGCUACUGGAUUAUUUUUAUUCUUUCACUCCUUCCUCCUUCUUGCGCAUUGGGCAGCUGAGCAAUGUGGAUCUCAAUGAGGACGUCCAUGAGCUGGAAACAGAGCUCCCUCGGCAGUAUCCCAAUGAGAUCCCCCACAAUGAGAAACUGCUGUCGCUCAAGUAUGAGAGCCUGGACUAUGACAACAGUGAAAACCAGCUGUUCCUGGAGGAGGAGAGGAGGAUAAACCAUGCGGCAUUCCGGACAGUGGAGAUCAAGCGCUGGGUCAUCUGUGCCAUGAUUGGGAUCCUCACCGGUCUCGUCGCCUGCUUCAUUGACAUUGUGGUGGAGAACCUGGCUGGGCUGAAGUACCGUGUGGUGAAGGACAACAUUGACAAGUUCACAGAGAAAGGGGGCCUGUCCUUCUCCUUAUUGCUCUGGGCAACCCUGAAUGCCAGCGUGGUGAUGGUGGGCUCCGUUAUCGUUGCAUUCAUAGAGCCUGUAGCAGCCGGCAGUGGCAUUCCCCAGAUCAAGUGCUAUCUCAAUGGUGUGAAGAUCCCACACGUUGUCCGGCUGAAGACCCUGGUGAUCAAAGUCUGUGGAGUGAUCCUCUCGGUGGUCGGAGGCCUGGCUGUUGGAAAGGAAGGACCUAUGAUUCACUCGGGGGCGGUGAUUGCAGCUGGGAUUUCACAAGGAAGAUCCACGUCCUUGAAGCGAGACUUCAAGAUCUUCGAGUACUUCCGCAGAGACACGGAAAAGAGGGACUUUGUCUCAGCUGGAGCUGCUGCUGGUGUCUCAGCUGCAUUUGGUGCCCCUGUGGGGGGGGUCCUCUUCAGCUUGGAGGAAGGGGCUUCAUUUUGGAACCAGUUCCUGACAUGGAGAAUUUUCUUUGCCUCCAUGAUCUCUACGUUCACUCUGAACUCUGUCCUGAGUGUUUACCAUGGCAACGCUUGGGAUCUCUCCAGCCCUGGGCUCAUCAACUUUGGCAGGUUUGAUAACGAGAAAAUGGGAUACACAAUCCAGGAAAUUCCGAUCUUCAUAUUUAUGGGAGUAGUUGGCGGGAUCCUUGGAGCCCUGUUCAAUGCCCUGAAUUACUGGUUAACGAUGUUUCGAAUCAGGUACAUCCACCGGCCCUGCCUCCAGGUGAUUGAGGCCAUGCUGGUUGCAGCAGUGACAGCGGCCGUGGGGUUUGUCAUGAUUUACUGCUCCAGAGACUGCCAGCCCAUCCAGGGGAGCACUGUGGCCUAUCCCCUGCAGCUGUUCUGUGCUGAUGGCGAGUACAACUCCAUGGCCACUGCCUUCUUCAACACGCCGGAGAAGAGCGAAGGCGUCGUCAACCUCUUCCACGACCCUCCAGGCUCCUACAAUCCCAUGACCUUGGGCAUGUUCACGCUGAUGUAUUUCUUCCUGGCGUGCUGGACGUACGGCCUCACGGUGUCCGCAGGCGUCUUCAUCCCUUCCCUGCUUAUCGGCGCUGCCUGGGGGAGGCUCUUUGGCAUCUCCCUGGCCUACCUGACCAAGGGCUCAAUCUGGGCCGACCCUGGGAAAUAUGCCCUGAUGGGAGCUGCCGCGCAGUUGGGUGGGAUAGUGCGAAUGACGCUGAGUCUCACGGUCAUCAUGAUGGAGGCGACAGGCAAUGUCACCUACGGCUUCCCCAUCAUGCUGGUGCUGAUGACGGCGAAGAUCGUGGGAGAUUACUUUGUGGAGGGCCUCUACGACAUGCACAUCCAGCUGCAGAGCGUGCCCUUCCUGCACUGGGAGGCGCCAGUGACAUCUCACUCCCUCACAGCCAGGGAGGUCAUGAGCACCCCUGUCACCUGCCUGCGGAGGAUUGAGCGGGUGGGCACGGUUGUGGACAUCCUCAGCGACACCUCAUCCAACCACAACGGCUUCCCUGUGGUGGAGAGCAACCCGGAUGCUACGCAGGUGGCAGGACUGCGGGGUUUGAUCCUGCGCUCGCAGCUCAUCGUUCUGCUGAAGCACAAGGUUUUUGUGGAAAGGACCAACCUGAACCUGGUGCAGCGGCGCUUGAAGCUGAAGGAUUUCCGGGACGCCUACCCCCGCUUUCCCCCCAUCCAGUCGAUCCACGUCUCCCAAGAUGAGCGCGAGUGCAUGAUCGACCUGAGCGAGUUCAUGAACCCCUCGCCCUACACUGUGCCCCAGGAGGCCUCGCUGCCGAGGGUGUUCAAGCUGUUCCGGGCCCUGGGCUUGCGGCACUUGGUGGUCGUGGACAAUCGCAAUGAGGUGGUGGGCAUGGUCACCCGCAAGGAUCUCGCCAGGUACCGGCUGGGGAAGGAAGGACUGGAGGAGCUCUCGCUGGCACAGACGUGACGGGAGGUGCUGCUGCCCACAGAGCCAUGUGCUGCUCCCCAGACACUCUGAGAGCAGGACCCUUAUUUUGCUGGAGGCGAGGAGAGGCCUGGGCUGGCCAGCGCAGCCAUCGUGGUGCCUGGAGCACCAGCAUGGCCAUGUGGCCUUGGCUGUCCUGUGUG